CGCUGGAGGAAAGCCUCCAAACAUCUCAGCUCAUCCCCGAUAUCAAAGCCCGUCCAUUUUGUGCGGAGCCUUAACAUAUUUAUGUGAAAUUAUAUUAUAACAACUUCCGGAAUUUGCAGCAAAAGCCAGUGUAGUGGAGAAAAAAAAAUCGGCCUCAUCCUGACGCGAGUACACCCGCCAGCGUUUCGGAAAUAACCACGGAGUUACCACACUCCCCGUGCGCAGGGCUUGCAUCGUGGCUCUUUCAGAAGUGGCAUGUUCCAGGGAUACUGCGGGCACAGUUGAACUCCUGCUUUCACCCAAAGAGGAUUCAAUGAAAAUGUCCGUGUGCGUCCAUGAGAACCGAAAAUCUAGAGCCAGCACUGGCUCUAUGAACAUCUACCUGUUCCACAAGUCCUCCUAUGCCGACAGCGUCCUCAUGCACCUCAACUCACUGCGGCAGCAAAGGCUUUUCACAGACGUCCUGCUUCAUGCCGGCAGCCGCUCCUUCCCCUGCCACCGCGCAGUGCUGGCUGCCUGCAGCCGCUACUUCGAGGCCAUGUUCAGCGGUGGGCUGAGGGAGAGCCAGGCCAGCGAGGUCGACUUCCACGACUCCAUCCACCCGGAGGUUUUAGAGCUGCUGCUGGAUUACGCAUACUCGUCACGCGUGGUGAUCAACGAGGAGAACGCAGAGUCUCUGCUGGAAGCGGGGGACAUGUUGGAGUUUCAGGACAUCCGUGACGCCUGCGCUGAAUUCCUAGAGAGAAACCUUCACCCUUCUAACUGUCUUGGCAUGUUGUUGCUGUCUGACGCCCACCAGUGUACCAAGCUGUCAGAGCUUUCCUGGGGCAUGUGCCUCAGCAACUUCCCUGCUAUCUGCAAGACAGAGGACUUCCUCCAACUGCCCAAAGACAUGGUGGUCCAGCUUUUAUCGCACGAGGAGCUAGAGACAGAAGAUGAGAGACUGGUUUACGAAGCUGCCCUUAACUGGAUCAACUAUGACCUGGAGAGGAGGCACUGCCACCUUCCAGAGCUUCUGAGAACGGUCCGCCUCGCCCUGCUGCCUGCCAUCUUUCUGAUGGAGAAUGUCUCGACAGAGGAGCUGAUCAACGCCCAGGCCAAGAGCAAGGAGCUGGUGGAUGAAGCUAUCCGCUGUAAGCUGAAAAUCCUGCAAAAUGACGGCGUCGUCAACAGCCCGUGUGCCCGACCAAGAAAAACCAGCCAUGCCCUGUUUCUUCUGGGAGGGCAGACUUUCAUGUGUGACAAGUUGUACCUGGUGGACCAGAAGGCCAAAGAGAUCAUCCCCAAGGCGGACAUCCCCAGCCCCAGGAAGGAGUUCAGCGCCUGCGCCAUCGGCUGUAAGGUGUACAUCACUGGAGGGAGAGGCUCAGAGAACGGCGUGUCUAAAGAUGUAUGGGUGUACGACACCGUCCACGAGGAAUGGUCCAAAGCUGCUCCCAUGCUCAUCGCCAGGUUCGGCCAUGGCUCGGCGGAGCUGAAACACUGCCUCUACGUGGUAGGAGGUCAUACUGCAGCAACUGGCUGCCUCCCGGCUUCUCCGUCGGUGUCACUCAAACAGGUGGAGCAGUUCGACCCAGUGGCAAACAAGUGGACCAUGGUGGCUCCUUUGAGAGAAGGUGUGAGCAAUGCAGCGGUGGUCAGCGUCAAGCUCAAGCUGUUUGCCUUCGGAGGAACCAGCGUCACCCACGACAAGCUUCCCAAGGUGCAGUGCUACGAUCCGCAGGAGAAUCGAUGGACUGUGCCCGCGUCCUGUCCGCAACCAUGGCGCUACACCGCCGCCGCCGUGCUGGGAAACCAGAUCUUUGUCAUGGGUGGGGAUACAGAGUUCUCAGCGUGCUCGGCUUAUAAGUUCAGCAGCGAGAGCUACCAGUGGACUAAAGUGGGCGAUGUGACAGCCAAGCGGAUGAGCUGCCAGGCUGUAGCAUCGGGGAACAAACUGUAUGUGGUGGGUGGGUACUUUGGCACACAGAGGUGUAAAACUCUGGACUGCUAUGAUCCCACGUUGGAUUCCUGGAACAGCAUCACUACUGUGCCAUACUCGCUGAUUCCCACUGCUUUCGUCAGCACCUGGAAACAUCUGCCUGCUUGAGCCCCCGACCCUCUACCCACACCGUUUUCAUCAGAUUUCCCCGUUUUGCAUCAUCCACUGGACUCCAACUGUGAAGAGGCACACAUUCUCCUCCUCUAAAAGAGACAUUGAGCAGUGAUGUACAGACACCCACAUUCAUCUUGAUGUUGCGAGGAUGCAGAACCCAGACACACGAUCGAGCAGCUGGACACUUUAACCGGAAUGAUGUCAUCUCUCGUUUCUGAGAAGGAAGCUGAGACGUACAGUGCAGUAACUCACGCAAAACAAACCAAACAAAACUGCUGCUGCUUGUUCGACAUCUAGCAUAUCAGGCUUUCAUGCUGCCAUACGAGGAGUGCAGAAAUAUUACACAACCUGCAUUUUUCCCAUUUAGUCAUGGCAGGCUUGUGAGGAUCUGUAUUGAUGUUUUUCUCUAUGAUUAAAAAUAAAAAAUAAAAAAAAAAGAAGAAAAGAAAUUACUCUUUUCACAGAGACUGCAAUGUACAGUAUAGCAUGAUGAAUGUUCUAUUGAGAUGGAGGGAGAAUGCAGUGAUUGGUGUGCUAAAGAAGAGGAAGCAACUCAGUUUGACUGAAUACAGCUGAUUUAUAAAAGGCACAAUGAAGGAGCAAAUCUCCCCCUCUUCUCCUCUAAUAAGCUCUUUUGUUUGACCCCUCGUAUCUUUUUUUUUUUUUCUUUCUUUCUUCUUUCAAAGACGUGCUUCUAACAGCUCAGACACAGAGACAAACCUUUGAGUGUUCCUCUUAUGAAGGCUUUGGCAGUUUGCUGUCAGUUGCAAGUCACGAGGUGUUGAUGACCAACGCCAGCUGAGGUUGAGGAGGAUGGAGGGGA